AGGGGACAGCACACGAAAAUUAUAAUACAGAGUAUUAAAAGAACCGCUCUUUAAAGGAACUGAAUUAUCUUAGUGUAUUUUACAUCACAAGCACUCUCGGUCCGUUGGGGAGUCCGUCCCACUGUACUUGGAGAAUGCUGCCAUGCAUUAAUCAUAAAUUUCAUUCAGUUGUGCGACAGAAGUUCCCUUCUAAUGUUUUCUUCAACAUAACAAAGUCCCACGGUAACAAAAGCGCUGAGGCCAGGAUCGUUAAUUGCAAUGUGGGGAAUGCAGACCAGCUGGGGUGGGGGAUCGUGCUCAGUCAAGGUAAAAGGCAAACGGGUAAAUUGUGAAUACGCUCUUAAUCUAACUACAGCUUCUUGAAUUGUGGGAGGCGUGUGUAACAUAACGUUGUUCCACAUACCAAUAUCACUACGUAUCGGUAUCGCAAAACAAAGUUUUAAAUGUUAAGAUUCUGUCAUUCUGAAAAUCAGAGUAUUUAAGACAUUAUGUUACAUAGCGAUUUGUGGAGAUAAAUGCCCUCGGACAGUAGCGUUCAUUUCAUAUUAAGUCUCUUUAAGUCAUUGUUUUAUGUUAUGCAGGAUGAAUGUGCGAAUUUUAAUUAAUCAUCCUUUAAGGGUUAUAUGCUUACGGUGUUGUAUACUAUUCUCGGUGAACAAGUUAACUUGUAAAAGUCUGUUCCUCUAAUUAUAGAAUAAUAUAUAGAAUAAUUAUACAAGAGCUAUAAUUAUUAUGAUGUUAUUAUUUAAUUGUGUGGGCCGUGUUGCUUGAUUACAUUUGACUCUUCGGCACGUGGGACGCUGCCGGUUUGAAAGACGCAGCUUCACUUGUUUUCUGCACCAAGAUGACGAGAAACAAACGAAUUGCAAAAGCUGUCAGCUGGAGCAACGAUCGAUACUGGGCAACUUGGGACAAGUGGAUGGAAGUGAUUGACUGGGAAGAUGAGGAAGAGCUGUGCUCCCCAGCAGAAUCACCCUCUGACCAGGCUGACCGUUCCAUCGUGUCACACACCCGAAAGCCAAUUGCCAAGGCAGUUAGCUGGACGGAUGAUGUGUAUUGGGCAGCCUGGGACAAGUGGGAUGAGAUCAUCUGCUGGGGUGAAGAAGGAGAGUGCUCCCCAGCAACUCCACCCAUCAACCAGCCUGGGAGGGAUAAGGGGUUAGACAUGCAUGGGUUAGAGGUUUUUCUGUUAAAUGAAAGGACAGUCUCCAUAAAUCCUGCAGAUGACCACCAAGACAGGCUGAAAAUAGGAGCCGUAGUGGUCGACCUCUGCCAGUUUGAGCUAGAUGGUGUAAAUGAUAAAUUUGAAAUUGUCGAAAUACAAAUUGGAGAGGUCAAAUUGGAGGAGACUGCAGAGAGGGGUUUUAAUUCAGAAUUUGAAUUGGAAAUUAUGGAUGUGGAGAUAGAGGUUGUAGACAGUGAAUUCCAGCUGAAUGCUCUUAAUUGGGAAAUUGCUGGAACUAAAGUGGACAAAUUAUUAGUGGAACACCUGAACAUAAAUAAUCUAGAAGCAGGCAGUGUGAAGGUGUCCACAUCAAAUGGGAAUGUGGUAUAUGUCAAUGGUAUGUGAGUGUGUUUGGUAAUGAUGGGUGUGAAUGGUGUGUGUAAGUGGUGUGUGUGUGUGUAUGAGAAUGGUGAUUGAAUGGUGUGUGUGAGGUAAUGGCGUGUGAGUGAAUGGUGUGUGUGAGUGACAGGUGUGUGAAUGGUGUGUGUGAGGUAAUGGCAUGUGUGAGUGAGUGUGAGUGGUAAUGGCGUGUGUGAGUGAAUGGUGUGUGUGAGUAUAUGGUGUAUGUGAAUGGUCUAUGUGUGUGUGAAUGGGGAGUGAAUGGUGUGUGAGUGACUGGUGUGUGUCUGGUGUUUAUGAAUGGUGUGUGUGAGUGAAUGCUGUGUGAAUGGUGUUUAUGAAUGGUGUGUGUGUGAGUGAAUGCUGUGUGAGUGACUGGUGUGUGAAUGGUGUUUAUGAAUGGUGUGUGAAUGAAUGGUGAGUUUUUGUGUGUGUGUUUGUGUGUGUGUGUGUGUGUGUGUGUGAAUGAUCUGUGUGUGUGAGCCUGCCCUGUGAUGGGUUGGUGUCCCAUCCUGGGUUGUUCCCUGCCUCGUGCCUGUAGCCUCUGGGAUCCAUCUGACCGCCUGUUCCAAAAGGCAAAUUGAUCCCCACAUCCCUGAACAGGAGAAGCGGUUUUAGAAAAUGGAUAAAUGUUCCCAGAGGUGUGAGGCAACAGUGCUAACCACUGUACCAUGCAUAUGUAUAGGAUAUGUAGAAGAAUACCUGUUGCAGUUAUCUGAUGUGUGUGUUUUUCACUCUCCCUGCCGGCCCCUGGAGGUUUGGGCUUCCCCUUUGAGUCUGGUGCCUCCCAAGGUUUCUUCCUUCUAGGGAGUUUUUCCUUGCCACUGUCGCCUAUGGCUUACUCACUGGGGGCUUUGGGUGGGGGUGCUCUAAAGCGCUUUGAGACAAUGUAAUGUUGUGAUAUCGUGCUAUACU